AGCUCUUUUAAUUGCUUCCAUUCUCCUAUAAAUGUAUAUUGUGCUGCCAUCUUGUUUAUAACAUCAGAGAAACAAAGAUGGCAGUCUGUAGCAAAAAAGAUGAUUUUCAGACCACAAUUCAGAAUGGUUAUGACAAAAUGAGUGAGCUAAAAGCCUUUGAUGAUACUAAGGCUGGUGUCAAAGGGCUUGUUGAUGCUGGAAUCAAUAGAGUACCUAGAAUAUUCAUUCUACCGCCAAAAUACAGGGUGGAAACAUGUGAAACGCACAUCAGUUUUCCAGUGAUAGACCUCGAAGGCAUUGAUGAGGAUCCGAUCAAGUAUAAGGAGAUUGUGGACAAAGUUCGAGAUGCAUCGGAGACAUGGGGUUUCUUUCAAGUGGUUAAUCAUGGUAUUCCAACAUCCAUCUUGGACAAAACAUUACAAGGAACACGACAGUUUUUUGAGCAAGAUACCGAGUUUAAGAAACAGUAUUACACUCGAGAUAUUGGGAAAAAGGUGAUUUAUACUAGCAAUUUUGAUUUGUAUAGCCCUUCUGUUCCAGCUGCAAGUUGGAGAGACUCAAUUUUAUUUUUCAUGGCUCCGAAUCCUCCUAGUCCACAAGAAUUCCCCAAAGCGUGCGGGGAAAUUCUAAUGGACUACUCCAAAGAUGUGACGAAAUUGGGGUUCUCCUUGCUUGAAUUAUUGUCUGAAGGUCUCGGUCUCGAUCGUAGCUAUCUCAAAGAUUAUAUGGAUUGUUGUCAUAUAAGUUGCUUGUGCCAUUACUAUCCAUCAUGCCCUCAGCCAGAACUCACCAUGGGCAUCAGUCAACAUUCCGACACUGAAUUUAUCACAGUGCUUCUACAAGAUGAUAUGGGUGGACUCCAAGUUCUUCACCAAAAUCAAUGGUUUGAUGUUCCUCCUAUACCUGGUGCUCUUGUCGUCAAUGUUGGAGAUUUUCUGCAGCUCAUGUCAAAUGACAAGUACGCAAGUGUUGAGCAUAGAGCAAUUGCAAACAAAGAUGGAUCAAGAAUGUCAGUUGCGUGCUUCUUUGGCGAAAAUCCAUUGCAAUCUUCAAAGCUGUAUGAACCAAUUACUGAAUUGUUAUCAGAAGAUAAUCCUCCAAAAUAUCGCGCAACCACAGUGAUUGACUACAAAAAUUAUGUCCUUAAUAAAGGCCUAGAUGGAACUUCUGCGCUGUUGAGUUACAAGAUCUAAUCACAAUAAUAAUGUACCAAUAAGUGGUGUUACAGCCCUUGAUCAAAAUAAGGGUUGUUUUUACCUUUUUCAACGUAUUUAAAGUUAAUAAAAAUACAUCUUAAUAUCUAAGAAUUAGUAGUUUUCUUUAAGGUUAUGCCGAAAAUAAAAACAUCACUUGUUUGAAAACGAAGGAAGUAUUUGUUUAGUUGUUGGGUGUGAGUGUAACUACUACUGCUAUUGAAUAAUGAAAACAAGUUUGUGUAUUUCAUACUUACAAAAUGAUAUUUGGCUUGUUACACAA